GCGCUGUUUGGACAUUGCGCUUGCCGUAGUUGUCAGUGCGGACUCCUCCUCGGGACGAAUGAAAGAAGAUGUUUGUGUUGGUGUGGCAGCAUUAAGGCAUCUUUAAACAUGUCUCUCAAUGGAGGGGGAAGCAGAGGAUUUUACUUCAACACCGUCUUGUCUUUGGCACGGUCGUUGGCAGCUCACCAGCAGGCGCCGAUAGACAAGGUCCAGAAGCUACAAUGCAUGUGCCCCGUGGACUUCAGAGGAGUCUUCCAGCUGGAUGAGAGGAGGAGAGAUGCUGUCAUUGCGCUGGGCAUCUUUCUAGUAGAGUCAAACCUGCAGCACAAAGAUGCUAUCGUCCCCUACCUUCUUGGGUUGCUUAAAGGGCUUCCUAAAGUUCAGUGGAUUGAAGAAAGCUCAGAACGCAAAGGAAGGGAGACCCUUCCUGUAGCUGAGAACUUCAGCUUUUGUCUUGUAACACUACUCUCAGAUGUUGCCCAACGUGAUGAGACCUUACGAGGACAGAUCCUGGAGGUGGUCAUGGACAUCAUGCAGGUCCUGCAAGAUAUCUGCCAGAAUCCAGAGGCUCAUGAUAAAGAUUACCUGUGUAGGUACACUGUGCCCACCCUGCUCGGUGUCGCCCGAGCAUUUGGCCGAUACAGCAACACCGAUGAGCCCCUACUGUCCAAGCUGUUCCCUCGACCAGUUGCUCCUGUUCUGCCUACGGGAGACGAUAGUGACACGGUGCACCGACGGUCCUUCAAUGACUUCCGUUCCAUCCUGCCAAGCUCUUUGCUCACGGUGUGUCAGGGAGACACUCUGAAACGUAAAGCCUCCUCCCUGUCCAGUGUGUCACAACAGGCCAGUCCAGAGAGAGCCUGCCUGACCCCCAGCUCACCUGCUGAUCCCUCUGCACAGUACUUUGAAGGUUCAUACCUGCCUGAUGGCAGCGCAGUGGACCCUGAUUACUACUUCUCCACCAUCAGCUCCAGCUUCUCUGUCUCCCCUCUUUUCACGGGAAGCAGCUCUGGAGAGUUUCAUGUCCCUCUGGAUAUGCUCAGACAGCUCCUUAACAUGGUUGAACAAUUUGUCUCGGAGUCGUUUUUGAAAUCACUGGACGAAUCCUUGUCAGAACUUCUAGAGUUGAAUCCUGGUCUUCAUCUCUACUACAAAACCUUCAGUGAUCCUCUGUACGUUGCCAUAUUUAAAAUGCUAAGAGACACUCUGUACAAUUUAAAAGACCUUCAGACAGACUACGUAAAGGAGGUCCAUGACUUUGUGCUGGAGCAGUUCAGCAGUAGCCAGUCGGAGCUACAGAGGAUCCUGCACGAUGUCGAGUACCUCCAGAGUGAACUGAGCCCGCUCAAACUGCGCUGUCAGGCCAACGCUGCCUGUGUGGACCUCAUGGUGUGGGCUGUUACUGAAGAGCAGGGAGCUGAGAACCUUUGCACCAAACUAUCAGAGAAGCUGCAGUCCAAGACGUCCAGUAAAGUCAUCAUCGCUCACAUGCCCCUCCUCAUUUGCUGCUUACAGGGUUUGGGUCGUCUGUGUGAGCGCUUUCCUGUGGUGGCCCACUCUGUCACCAUGUCCCUGAGAGACUUCUUGGUGGUGCCCUCUCCAGUUUUGGUGAAGCUGUACAAAUACCACAGCCAGUACACUUCAGGUGGUGGUGAGAUAAAGAUCCAUGUGACUAAUGAACAUUCCCAGUCAACCCUCAGUACCCAUUCCAGCAAGAAGAGCCAGCCCUCCAUGUACGAACAGCUGCGGGACAUCUCCAUAGAUAACAUCUGCAGGUGCCUGAAAGCCGGACUGACUAUGGAUAAUGUCAUUGUAGAAGCUUUUCUCGCCAGUCUGUCCAAUCGUCUCUACAUCUAUCAGGAAAAUGAUAAGGAUGCUCACUUGAUCCCAGACCACACCAUCAGGGCUUUGGGUCACAUUGCUGUGGCCUUACGGGACACUCCCAGAGUAAUGGAGCCCAUCCUCCAGAUCCUACAGCAGAAGUUCUGUCAGCCUCCCUCCCAGCUUGACGUCCUCAUCAUAGACCAGCUUGGCUGCAUGGUCAUCACAGGCAAUCAAUACAUCUACCAGGAGGUGUGGAAUUUAUUCCAGCAGAUCAGUGUCAAAGCCAGCUCCAUGGUCUACUCUACCAAAGACUACAAGGACCAUGGAUACAGACACUGUUCCUUGGCUGUGAUAAAUGCUCUGGGUAAUAUAGCAGCCAACCUUCAGGCUGAGCAGAUGGUCGACGAGCUGCUGGUCAACCUGCUGGAGCUUUUUGUUCAACUGGGCUUAGAGGGGAAGAGAGCCAGCGAGAGAGCCUCAGACAAAGGCCCAACUCUGAAGGCAUCAAGCAGUGCUGGAAACCUCGGUGUCCUAAUUCCAGUUAUUGCAGUGCUGACUAAGAGGUUGCUACCAAUUAAGGAAGCAAAGCCACGUCUGCAGAAGCUCUUCAGGGACUUUUGGCUCUACUCUGUUGUCAUGGGAUUUGCUGUCGAGGGCUCAGGUCUGUGGCCGGAAGAAUGGUAUGAGGGAGUUUGUGAGAUUGCGACCAAAUCACCGCUGCUCACAUUUCCCAGUGGGGAACCUUUACGCUCAGAACUGCAGUACAACUCUGCACUGAAGAACGACACUGUCACUCCAGCGGAGCUGAAUGAUCUGCGUAGCACCAUCAUCAACCUGCUGGAUCCUCCUCCUGAGGUGGCUGCUCUCAUCAACAAAUUGGACUUUGCCAUGUCCACAUAUUUGCUGUCUGUUUACAGAUUGGAAUACAUGAGGAUGCUGCGUUCUCUGGACUCUGACCGUUUUCAGGUCAUGUUUCGAUACUCUGAAGACAGAGCGAUACAGAAGGAUAAAUCUGGCAUGAUGCAGUGUGUGAUUGCUGUUAGCGACAAGGUUUUUGAGGUCUUCCUUCAAAUGAUGGCUGAAAAAGCAAAAACCAAAGCCCAUGAGGAGGAGCUAGAACGCCACGCUCAGUUCCUCUUGGUCAACUUCAACCACAUCCACAAGAGGAUCCGCAGAGUGGCUGACAAAUAUUUGUCUGGCCUGGCUGAAACUUUUCCCCACUUGUUAUGGAGUGGCCGUGUGCUGAGGACCAUGUUAGACAUCCUGCAGACGCUUUCCCUCUCACUCAGUGCAGACAUUCAUAAAGACCAACCUUAUUACGACAUCCCAGACACGCCAUACAGAAUCACUGUCCCAGAUACAUAUGAAGCCAGAGAGAGCAUAGUGAAGGAUUUUGCUGCCCGAUGUGGGGAGAUCCUUAAAGAGGCUAUGAAGUGGGCGCCAUCUGUGACCAAAUCACACCUCCAGGAAUAUCUGAACAAACACCAGAACUGGGUGUCGGGUCUCUCCCAGCACACAGGCCUGGCCAUGGCCACAGAAAGCAUCCUGCACUUUGCUGGUUACAACAGACAGAGCACCACACUGGGGUCCACUCAGCUGACUGAGAGGCCAGCCUGUGUGAAGAAGGACUACUCUAACUUCAUGGCCUCCCUCAACCUCAGGAACAGAUACGCUGGAGAGGUAUCAGGUAUGAUCCACUUUGCCCAGGCAAUUCGAGGACAGUCCGAUCUGGGCCGGCUGAUGAUCAAGCAGAUGGGAGAGGCUUUGGAUUCUGCGCAGCCUGAGGCCUUCACUGAGGCCAUGUUCAAACUGGCCGCCUUGCUCAUCAGCACCAAAGACUGCGACCCUCUGCUCCUGCAUCACCUCUGCUGGUCUCCUCUCAAGAUGUUUACAGCGCACGGCAUGGAAACAUCUAUCGCUUGCUGGGAGUGGCUGCUGGCAGCUCGUGUUGGAGUGGAAGUACCGUUUAUGCGAGAAAUGGCGGGAGCAUGGCAGAUGACCGUGGAGCUUAAGAUGGGCUUGUUUGCCGACGCUCAGGUGGAGGCUGAUCCUCUAGCUGCAUCAGAGGAAAGUCAGCCUAUCCCCUGCCCUCCAGAUGUUACCCCUCACCACAUAUGGAUUGAGUUUCUAGUCCAGAGGUUUGAGAUCGCUAAGUAUUCCAGCGCAGAUCAAGUGGAGAUCUUCAGCAGUUUGCUACAGCGCUCGAUGUCCCUCAACGUCGGUGGGGCUAAGAGUAGCCUGAACCGCCAUGUAGCUGCCAUUGGACCUCGUUUCAGGCUGCUGACUCUGGGUCUGGCUCUGCUCCACUCCGACGUCCUCACCAAUGCAACUGUAAGAAAUGUGCUUCGAGAGAAGAUCUAUUCUACAGCCUUUGAUUACUUCAGCGUGGCUCCAAAGUUUCCCACCCAAGGUGACAAGCAUCUCCGCGAAGACAUCAGCAUCAUCAUCCGUUUCUACGCCAGCAUCCUGUCCGACAAGAAGUACCUGGCAGCGUGCCACUUGGUCCCACCUGGUGAGCUUGGUACUACCCCAGCCCCGAGCACGCUUUCUGCCGGGAUAUUUGGAUCGCUUAUCGUGUCCAGCACUUCUCCGAUAUCUAUCUUAAAUAAUCAGGACCCGUCCUUGAACAGUCUGUCAGUGAUGACCGCUGCCGACCUCAGGAGCAACAUGGACUCCAGCUCUCGCUCCCAGCAGAGCGGCCAGGGAUGGAUCAACACCUACCCACUGUCCAGUGGCAUGUCCACUGCAUCCAAGAAAUCAGGCACGUCCAAGAAGAGCAACAGGGGGACGCAGCUUCACAAAUACUACAUGAAACGCAGGACUCUGUUGCUGGCCUUACUGGCCAGUGAGAUCGAACGGUUGACGACGUGGUACAACCCUCUUUCCACUCAGGAACUGGCCAUCGCCAUGGAGCAGUCAGUGGAGACCAGCAUCGCUAACUGGAGGUCCAAAUACAUCAGUCUGACUGAGAAACAGUGGAAGGACAAUGUCAACCUGGCCUGGGGUAUCGCACCCUACCUGGCUAUGCAGUUACCAACUAGGUUUAAGAAUGACGCCAUUGUUGCUGAAGUGACCCGGCUGGUGAGAUUGGACCCCGGAGCUGUCAGUGAUGUACCUGAGGCCGUCAAGUUCCUGGUGACAUUUCACACUAUUGAUGCUGACUCUCCUGAGCUGAGUCAUAUCCUGUGUUGGGCUCCAGCAGACCCACCCACCGGUCUGUCCUACUUCAGCAGCAUGUACCCUCCUCAUCCUCUCACCGCUCAGUACGGGGUUAAGGUGCUACGCUCCUUUCCUCCAGAUGCCAUCUUGUUCUACAUUCCUCAGAUUGUUCAGGCUCUCCGCUAUGAUAAGAUGGGUUAUGUGAGAGAGUACAUCCUGUGGGCGGCGCAGAAGUCUCAACUUCUCGCCCACCAGUUCAUCUGGAACAUGAAGACCAACAUCUUCAUGGAUGAGGAGGGACACCACAAAGAUCCUGACAUCGGGGAGCUGUUGGAGCAGAUGGUUGAGGAGAUCACAGGUUCUCUGUCGGGUCCGGCCAAAGACUUCUACCAGAGAGAGUUUGACUUCUUCAACAAGAUCACCAAUGUGUCUGCCAUUCUCAAACCGGUUCCAAAGGGAGAGGAGAGAAAAAGGGCCUGUCUCAAAGCUCUGUCGGAUAUCAAAGUCCAGCCAGGCUGUUACCUCCCAAGUAACCCUGAAGCCAUCGUGCUGGACAUCGACUACAAGUCUGGAACACCCAUGCAGAGUGCUGCCAAGGCUCCCUAUCUGGCCAAGUUUAAGGUGAAGCGCUGUGGGGUGAGUGAACUGGAAAGGGAGGGUCUCCGCUGCCCCACGGAUUCUCUGGAAGACGGAGAGGAGAAUCCAGACGGAUCACACAGGAUUUGCUGGCAGGCUGCCAUCUUUAAAGUGGGAGACGACUGUAGACAGGAUAUGCUCGCGCUGCAGAUCAUUGGGCUUUUUAAGAAUAUUUUCCAGCUGGUAGGCCUGGAUCUGUUUGUCUUCCCAUACAGAGUGGUGGCCACUGCACCAGGGUGUGGCGUGAUUGAGUGCAUCCCAGACUGCAAGUCCCGAGACCAACUCGGCAGACAGACGGACUUCGGGAUGUAUGAUUACUUCCGUAACCAGUACGGCGAUGAAUCCACCCUCGCCUUCCAGAAGGCUCGGUAUAACUUCAUCCGCAGCAUGGCUGCCUACAGCCUUCUGCUGUUCCUGCUGCAGAUCAAAGACAGACACAACGGCAACAUCAUGCUGGACAGCAAGGGCCACCUCAUCCACAUAGACUUUGGCUUCAUGUUUGAGAGCUCUCCUGGCGGUAACCUGGGCUGGGAGCCAGACAUCAAGCUGACGGACGAGAUGGUGAUGAUCAUGGGAGGCAAGAUGGAGGCCACGCCUUUCAAAUGGUUCAUGGAGAUGUGUGUCAGAGGAUAUCUGGCUGUACGACCCUACAUGGAUGCAGUGGUUUCUCUAGUGACCCUCAUGCUGGACACUGGACUGCCAUGCUUCAGAGGACAAACCAUUAAACUCCUCAAAGGACGGUUUAAUCCCCAAAUGAGUGAGAAAGAAGCAGCAGCGUUCAUCAUCAAAGUCAUCCAAAGCUGUUUCCUCAGUAGCAGGAGCAAAACGUACGACAUGCUGCAGUAUUACCAGAACCAAAUUCCUUACUGAAGGACUUCUGCCAGACCUCCACUGUACGUCCAAUAUACAAACGUCUCUACCCAAGCGAUGCAGACCUUCUUUUGGAUGAUUUUAAAUAAGGUGGUGAAUGCACCAGCCGGGUCUGUAUACCACUCUGCUCCUUUUAGAGAGACAACAACAUGGCACUUUGACCCUAAUGCUCCAGUUUUAUUCAGCAUACUCUUGUAAGUUGUCAGAUUUUAUAAUGCACAUCUGCGUUUUAAAGUAGUUCUUUGUUUAACUUGAGAGUAAAGAACAAUGUACGACUUUUACCAAAAGAGGUAUUUGAAUCACCCUUUAAGUAUUUUCUUCUUGAUGCUGUUAUUUGUUACUCAGCAAACACUAACUAAACCGUCACACUAGAGGAAGUUGGCCAUAAAGGGAGCCGUUUAGUGUUUGUCAAAGGAGCUGUUAUCAUCAUUAUUAUCAUUUUGUUAUAUACUAUGCUGUUAUCCACUUUUAUGCACUUUAUAGAUCACAGUAUUUCAUUGGAUUCACCUGCCUAUGAUCAAGAUCAGAAAUCAGAGAUUAAAACAAUCUUGCAGUUUUAUUUGAUCAAUAAAAUUGCAGUAUUUUUGAUUUAGUAGAACACAAGCCGGUGUUGUUAGAUAGAUCAAAAAAAUCAAUGCAAGAAUCAAUCAGCAUUUAGUCUAACGGUAGUCUUAUAAAUGUAAAGGAAUUAAGAGAAUCAAAUGUAAUUAUGCUGUCGUAUUUACUGUAGAAUCACAUCAAGAUCGCAGGUAUUUUUCUGUGAUUUGCGUAGUUAUAUGUGAAGAACAUAUUUAUCAGAAGAUUUUAAAAACUCUUAACUGUGCUGCUUUGAUGCUUAUCCUCAAAGCCAGUCAUGUCACACCCCUUGAUGUCAGCUUUUAGCUUAAAUUGGUUAUUUAGAAGUAUUUUUCCACUAUGGGAACUUAACGGCCCGUAACCUGACUUUUAAGAAGUGCAGUUGUGGGACAGACAACAGUGGCGUAAGUGCCGCUGAUGUCGCCCCAGUUUAUAAUACUCGCAUGUAUUACCGUUACAUUCAAGUCACAGAACUAAACAUCUGAUUUUCUGAUAAAUAAAUCUUUAAAAAACACUUAGCACUGUUCUUAAGUUCUUUACGGGAUCUUAGAAAACUCUUCUUACCAUCUGGAUGAAAACAAUAUUUGGUCUGUUUACCGAUACAAAAUAUUCUUAAUCUAAAUUUGUACAAUGUCAACCAAAAUUCAAAAACGUAUUAUUAGUAUUAGUUAAAGAGGUAUAUAUUCAUGUUUGUUUCAAAUGUUGAUAAUAUUGUCAUACAAAAUGACAUGUUAAUAUUCUGCUCGUGUUUUACAAAAAGAGCCAGGACGUCUGUCAGGUUCAGUUUCCUGGGUUAGGAAAUGAAGCCACAACAAAAACUGGUUAAAAAUGUUUAUCGUGCGACAGAUGGAACAUUUUUUCAUCCAGAUGGUUAAAAGAGUCUUUGAGGAUUCUGCAAAUACCUUCAGCCCUGUAGCCACGCUAGUGGCACAGCCAAUGGCAACGUCGGCCUGACGGCGGGAAAUAAAAGCAGAACCUGUGACAAUGGCUACAUGUUAGGUUCCUGUAGUGGAAAAGGCCAAUAGGAAAGAGUUGAUACAGCACACAGGGUGGACCAGGAGCUCUCGCUGCUCUACGUCACAGCAUGUUUGUCUCAAAUAGACAUUGAGGUAUAUUUUUGUCCUGUCUAAUAAAGUGUGUCAGAAUGCAGGUGUUCUACAUGUUUGCAUACCCUUUACAGUAUCUGUAACCCUGUUUGGAAACAUUCCUCUGUCAGUAUAUAAGUUAUAUCGAACCUCUUGGGUUUGGGUUUUGUUGGAUGAUUUACUGAUGCAGAUGAUGAUGAUACCUAAGAAGCCAUUUCUCCUACCAUUGGUAGAAACGCAACUUUAGUAAUACUUGACAAAAAACCCUAACCUUAUGCAAUAUAUUCAUGUAUAUUCUGUAUUUGUGUUGUGUUCAACAAAUGAAGUUGCUAUAAUUCCUUCCAUCCCAAUCCUUGUGUGAAAAGUGUUUUAUUUUGCAGCUAUGAUUUACUGUCUUUACAUAACUGAGAGGUGAACAUGAAGCAUUUAAGUACACAGAAGUACUUGUUUCAUGGCUUAUAAAAAGAGACUUGAUCAACUCUUGAGUUGCUGUUAUUUUAAAUAAGUUAGUCAUCCCUUAUGUCCACCAUUAACUGUGAACCAGAAGUGUUGGUCUAUAUAUGUGUGUGUGUGUGUGUGUGUGUGUGUGUGUGUGUGUGUGUGCGGUUUUUGUCUGUAUUUGCUCGGUUUGUGGCGACAUCAUUGCCGAUUCAGAUUAAGACCAUGUCUCUUAUUCUGAUAAUGUUUGAAAACUUAUUUCCAGAUUAAAUGUGUGUACAUUUCA